AUGGAGGCUUUAUUCGAGAAAUACAAAAAGAGAAAAGCAGCACAUCAGUUAACACCAUCUGAAACUCCUAAGAUUAGAAAUACAUCCAAUGAUGAAACUUCAGAACAUCCUCCCAAAGAAGUAAACUUAACAAAUCAGUCAGCACCUUCUCAAGCUCCUCUGACAAGUAAUGUAUCCGAAGAUGUUGGGCAAAUUAAAUCAAUCAAUGAGUUUAACAUAGAAGACCUUCCUGGAGACCCAAAACUUCGAACUCCAAUUUCAUAUUAUCAUCCUGAUGUUCGAGAUCGCGUGCGGCGACAUUAUUUAUUGCAAGGUCCUUGUCAACCGGAAAAUUAUAAGUUUCCUCAAACAAAAUUUAGCGGUACUAACCGAAAGUUUAACACUAAAUGGUUCGAGAAAUAUCGAAAUUGGUUGGAGUAUAAUAAAGAAAAGGAUGCUCUAUAUUGUUUGCAUUGUUAUCUUUUCAAACCAAAUAUUGAAGAUCAAGCAGGUGGUGAUGUAUUUGUUGGUACGGGGUUUAAAAAUUGGAAGAAAAUGGACAAUCUUCAAGACCAUGUGGGAGGGACUAAUAGUGCUCACAACAAUGCAAGAAGAGUAUGUCAAGUUUUAUUAGAUCAACGACAAUAUGUUGAUACUGUAUUGGUGAACCAGACACAACAAGAUCGGAUUAACUAUUGCACUCGUUUGAAUGCAUCAGUUGACUGUGCUCGUUUUCUUCUACGACAAGGGUUGCCAUUUUGCGGUCACGAUGAAUCUGAUAAUUCAAACAACCAAGGGAAUUUUAAGGAACUUUUGAAGUGGCAUUCUGAUAAAAUUGAUGAUAUAAAAAAGGUUGUGUUGAAAAAUGCUCCAAGAAAUCAUCAAUUAACAUCACGAGAUAUUCAACAUGAUAUUGUCAAGGCUGCUGCAGUUGAAACUCUCAAUAUCAUAAUUAGAGACAUAGGUAAUGCAUUAUUCGCCAUUCUCGUUGAUGAGUCUCAUAAUGUAUCAGGAAAAGAGCAAAUGGCUAUUGUAUUGCGAUAUGUAAGCAAAGGACAAGUAAUUCAGCGUUUUGUUGGUGUGAAACAUGUCACUGAUACUACUUCAGCAUCACUUAAGGUAGCCAUUGAUCAAUUCUUUUCAGAGAACAACUUAAGCAUAUCUAGCCUUCGUGGUCAAGGUUACGAUGGAGCUAGUAAUAUGAGAGGAGAAUUUAAUGGUCUAAAAGCACUUAUUUUGAAGGAGAACCAAUUAUCAUUUUAUGUUCAUUGCUUUGCUCACCAACUGCAACUAGCUAUAGUGGCUGUUGCAAAAAAUCAUAUCUUAAUCUCUGAUCUCUUCAUAUUUGUUGGUACUCUAGUGAAUGUUGCUGGAAGCUCAUGCAAACGCCGUGAUUCUCUUUGA